GGCUGUGUAACCGAUUUUUGGCCACUGCUAAAUCAUUGAAGUAACUUUCGUCUGCAGUCAUUUGCUUAAAGUUAGUGAACGUGCUAGUAUCGCAUAUCUGCGGCAGCUGCUCCAAAAGUUUGGCUUGUGUUGUAGUAAUUGCGGGCUGUUGUAGCUGUUGUGUGUUUCUGUUCAGUUUGCAUACCAAUUGUGGCUUACGAAGCUCAUUUACUACAAUUUAGUUGAUCUGUAAGAGCAUCAGGACGUAAGCUAACAAAAUGAAGUUCGCAAUGAGAUGCAUGAUGAUGGCCCUGCUGCUAUUGGCCACAACCCAACUGACGAUAUCGGCACCUGCGGAGCCACUGUUCGAGCUACAGGACAGUAGCGAGCCUGCCGAGCUGAAUCCCAUUAAUGCAGAGCAGAGCAAACGUCGGACUCGCGCCGGGGGUAAAGAUCUAAGUGACGCGCCGGAACUGGACCGCAGCAACGUCUCAUUCGAGCUUCCCGACGAGCUGUUCACCAAAUCUUUCCGAACGGUCACCCAAGUCUCCCAAGCUCUUUCCCGUCUAAUUAUGAAUUCCGCACGUCGUUAUUCCCGCUUCGUUUUAUUUUUCAAGCCCAUUUUUGGCGAUGCUUUGGUAGUCAAGGGCUAUGAGGACCCCACAACCACAACAACCAGCCGCACAACUACGCAAGCUAUUGAGGGAACAGACAAUCUCAAUGAGGUCUAGAAUGGAAAUAAGUCACUUAUACAUUUUUUUGCUUUGUGUUUAAGUGUUAGGUUCUAUACUCUGUACGUAAAUGCCGGAAUAACUAUCAUUAUACCUAUUUGUAUUGAUCAGUAUUUACAACCAAUUCGAUAAGGUCAUGUCUGCCUCUGUGUCCAUCCAUUUGACUUCAAAAAUCAUAAGUUUAUGAUAUGAUUCUAGGCAGUCUAACUUAUAUUCACACAGGAUACAUUUACCUUUUGUAGUUACAAAACCGGUUUAAAGAACGACAGACAUUUUUUAAUAUGUUUGUUAUGUUUUGAAGGUUUUAAAACGGACGAAAAACAGAUAACCUUAAAUUUGUGUUUUAAAGCGAAAAUCACCAGCACUAAACUAUGUAUAAGAAUGUGAGAUAGGUUUUUUUAAUCGAAAAUGUAUAUUAACUCUAUCUAGAUAAGACAAAUAGGCUUGGGUACACGGUAUCUGGAUGUCGGGCUAACCCGACGCACGCAUUUAUACUUGGGCUUUUUUAAUUAUUUAUUCGAGAUUUGUUGUACUUUUAAAACGCGAAUAAUCUCUGUAUUUAUCAAUAUAUUGUAUGUGAACAUAUGAUGCAGAUA